AAAAAUGGCUUCACGAAGUUCUCCGACUCUACUAUCCUCUUCAGCUCUUACUUGGGCGUUUUCUUGAGCUACCGCGGUCCUGAUACCGGGCCAAAUUUUACCGCUCAUUUAUACGCAGCACUAGAUCGUCACAGAAUCAAAACAUAUAAGGAUGAUUAUAAGCUACGCCAGGGAGAAGUUAUCACAGAGGCAUUGAAAAAAGCAAUAAAAGCAUCCAAGAUUUACAUUGUUGUCUUCUCCAAAGAUUAUGCUUCUUCUCCCUGGUGCCUGGACGAGCUGGUAGAUAUUGUCAGUUUUCACGAAAAAGAGGAGAGGUUGAUUAUUCCUGUGUUUUACCAUAUUGAUCCAUCUGUUGUGCGACACGUUGGUAUAGAAAAAGAAGAAAAAGAAAGUAGUAUAUAUGAUAAAGCUCUUCAACGUCAUGCUAAAGGGUAUUACAAGAAUGAAGAGCUGAGAGUGAAAAGCUGGCUCUAUGCACUGAAAGUAGCAGCAAACAUAUCAGGAAAUCAUAUAUGCGAAAAAAACAGAGAGGAACCUGAUGUUAUAGAAAUAAUUGUUGCUGAAAUUUCACCGAGGAUAAAUCCCAAGAGUUUUGAUGAGAAAACUGUGGGCUUAGAGCUUCGUAUUGAGAGCAUAGUAGCAAUGUUGAGCAGCGGACGCUCAACAGGUGUCACUAAAAUUGGUAUACAUGGUAUGGGUGGAGUUGGGAAAACAACUCUUGCCCGAGCUGUGUUUGACAAAAUAUAUUUCGACUUCAAAGGCAGUUGCUUCCUAGCCAACGUAACGGCAAAUUCAGGCACAGAUGAAGGAAUGAAAUCUUUACAGCAGCAACUUCUUAAUGAUGUUCUUUUUCAAAAUGAAAAGGAUGUUAAAGAUGUUGCCAGCGGAAUAAAGUUGAUAGAAACUAAAUUAGCAGACCAAAAAAUUCUGGUUGUUAUCGAUGAUUUAAACCACUCUGAUCAGCUUGAAUCAUUUGGAGUAAAGUCGUUUGGUCAUGGGAGUGUUGUCAUCAUAACUACAAGGGAGGAAGAUAUGCUGAAAUAUUUUGAGGUAAAAACUGAACAUCGAUACAUGGUAGAUAAGUUGGGCUGUGAAGAGUCGCUCAUACUUUUUCAACAACAUGCAUUUCGAUUUGGUUCUAAUCCAGAUGGCGCUUUGAUGAAAUUGUCUAAAGACAUUACGUUAUUAGCUGAUGGGCUUCCAUUGGCUCUGAAGGUUUUUGGCUCGCUUUUGCAUACGAAGUACGAGGUUGAAGAAUGGGAAGAAUUCAUUGAAAGAUUGAAAGAAACUCCUAACAGAGAAAUUGAGGACAGCCUUCUAAUUAGCUUUCAAGCUAUAAAUGGUGAUCUUCAGAAAAUGUUUCUUGACAUUGCUUGUUUUUUCAUUGGGUGGGGCAUAGAAAAGGUGUUUCAAAUAUUGGAGACUUACUAUUCCUAUGUAAAGGUGAAGAUCAACAAUUUGAAGGGAAAAUGUUUACUAACAAUCGAUGAUAAAAAUGUGUUGCAUAUGCAUGAUCUUCUUCGGGAUAUGGGAAUGCAAGUUGCACGUAACAACUCUCCGGGUAAUCCUGAAAAGUAUAGCAGGCUUUGGCUGUCUAGAGAUAUAGAUCGUGUGUUGACAGAGGAGAACAAGGUUUUCCAGAAGUUAAAGAUUCUGAAUAUGGAAUAUUCUUCAGAUUUAAUGACGACUCCAGAUUUCAACAUGUUCCCAUCUUUGGUAGAUUUAAAUUUUGCAUAUUGCAGAAGCUUGAAGAAGAUACACAGAUCAAUUGGAAGGUUGGCAGGGCUUGUUUCCCUAAAUUUAGGGGGUUGUUGGAUGCUAGCAAGUCUUCCCAAAACUAUAGGCAACUUGAAAGCACUGAAGCAUCUUAAUCUUUUUGGGUCUGCAAGUUUGGGAAAAUUGCCUGAAAAUCUGCCUGAAUCCUUAGAAAACCUCAACAUAGGUAUGUCAGGUCUUAAAAGCUUACCACAUUCAAUCCAUUUGCUCGGUAACCUUAUUGAGUUGGAUGUACCAUAUAACUCGGAACUUAUAACUCUUCCGGACAACAUUUGCAAGCUAAGAUCAUUGCAAUAUCUGAUUGUUUCUGCAUGCAAAAAUCUGAAAGCAUUGCCCGAAGAUUUGGGUGAUAUUACAUCCCUAAGAGUGCUACGUAUGAAGGAAACAAGUGUUUCUGAUUUACCGGGUUCGAUAGGAAAUCUUAGUAACCUUGUUGAACUGAUAUUAGGUAGGAACCCCAACCUCGAAACUCUUGCAGACACAAUAUGCAAUCUGAGAUCACUGGAAAUCUUAACUAUUGGCAGUUGUGAAAAGCUUAAAGAAUUGCCAGGUCAGAUGUGGAAGAUUACAAGCUUAAGAGAGUUAUGUAUAAGAAAUACUACAAUGUUGAAAGUGGAGGCAAACCAAAUUCCAAUAUCAUUAAAGAAGCUGGAUCUUUCUUAUAAAGCUUUCACCACGCUGCCACUCGGUAUCAGUCGGCUAACGAACCUGGAAUGUCUUCAGGUUGAAGGAUGUAGUCAACUCUUGUCCAUUGAAGAGCUUCCUCCUAAUCUGAAAAGGCUAUAUGCAAGUGGUUGUCCAUCUAUGACUCUUGAACAAUUGGAGCUACUGAAGCUUAAAACUUUUAGUGGUCUAGAAGUGAUUGUUUAGAUUACUGCACUUCUGUUAAAGCAAUUGAUUUACAGUGCAGAAGACUUGUGCACUAAAUCAAUUGUAAAGCAAUUGAUUUACAAUUUUUUGGGUUCAGUCCUCUGCUUAUACAAAUCAACAUCUAUCAUUUCGAUAAAA